UAAAGCUUAUUGCUUUUCUUGCUUGUUCUCCUCCCCUUGUCUUUUUUUUUUUUUCUUCUCAUUUCUCUCUCUCUUUUCUUUUCACAACUCAGCAGCCAACUCCCGUCUCAAAGGGAUUUCAAGUUGCACGACACACACAGAAAGAGAGAGACCCACUCGGUAAGUAUCCCGAAUUCAUCAACUGGGUCACUCGCAGAUGUACUCCUACAAUUUAAAAAAAAAGAAAAAACCUUAAAAAAAUAGAGCUUGAGCCCCCUCAUGAUCAUGGAUGGAGAAAAUGGGAUCCGCAGGCCGAACUUUCCACUACAACUCUUAGAGAAAAGAGAAGAGCAUCAACAUCAAGAAGCUUCAUGCUCUAUCUAUCCUUCUUUGAAUAUAACUAGUAAAGAUGACGACGACGACAAAAACAACAUCGCUGAACCCAGCAUCUCAAAUCGCUCAACUACUCUAGUUUCUGAUGCGCCAAAGAAACCCCCUCCCAAACGGAUUUCAACGAAGGACAGGCACACCAAAGUUGAUGGACGUGGACGGCGGAUCCGCAUGCCUGCCGCCUGUGCAGCUAGGGUUUUUCAGUUGACCCGAGAACUUGGCCACAAAUCUGACGGUGAAACCAUUGAGUGGUUGCUUCAACAGGCGGAGCCAGCUGUGAUUGCGGCCACAGGGACAGGUACUAUACCUGCGAAUUUUACGUCCCUUAAUAUAUCUUUAAGGAGUUCAGGUUCUAGUAUGUCUGCAAGUCAUUUAAGGAACAGUUAUUUCAAUCCAAAUUUCGGUUCACAACAAUUAAGGAAUAUAAGAAGUGAAUGGGAAAGAAAUAUAAUUGAUGAUUCGUCUCAACACAGAAGGGUUUUGUUCCCCUGGCUUCCUUUAUCAUCAGAUGAUUCAUUGAGCUUUCCUUUAAGUUCUAGUAAUGUGAAUGCUAUGUUACAAACUAAUAAUAAUAAUAAGCAAGAGUUACGUGAUCAUAACACAAGUUUAGAUAAUGCGGAGACGAGUAUGGGAAGGAAGAGAAGGUCUGAGGCGGAGCAAGAAUUGGCACAAAAUCAGAUGGGGAAUUACUUGGUACAAUCAAGUGCUGGGUCAAUUCCGGCAAGUCAUAGCACGACUCCGGCGACCUUUUGUUUGGUGACAAAUCCAAGUAACCAAGUUGUGAGUGGUAGUGGUGGUGAUCCCAUGUGGACAUUUCCUUCUUCGAUUGGCAACAGUAAUAUGUAUCGGGGUUCUAUGUCAACUGGGGUUCAUUUCGUGAACUUUCCAACUCAUAUGGCGCUUUUACCAGGACAACAAUCAGGUUCAGGAAUGGGUGGUAGUGGCGGCACGAUGAGUGAAAGCCAUUUGGGCAUCCUUGCUGCGCUUAAUGCAUAUAGAAACCUUCCCGGAUCCGUCAGUUCAGAGUCUCAGGCCAGUGCCUCUCAUCAACACCAUGGCGGAGAAGAUGGCCAAGACUCAACUAGUCGUCAUUCCUAAAUAAAAAGGUCCAGCUAGCCUUUACUAGGAAGGAGGAGCUCAGCACGUAAGAUUAAAUUCAAUCUUGAGUUGCUGUCUCAGGUGGUGUGCGGGUGAUUUUGCCAAAUGCCAGCAAUGUUGAACCGACUAUCACUAGAGAUCGAUGAUCGUAUUACAUAUUCUUCCUCUUUUUCAUAUUCAGAAUAAUUCUAGUUAUUAAUAUUUGGAGUUUAAUUGAUUGCUGGUUCAAUUAAGACCCUUCAAUUCCAUACCUGUCCCAAAUAUUAAUUCAUCAGAUAGCCUGGUCCUUGAUGGAUAAUCCUAACUCUUCUUUAAUUUUUGUACGCACUGUGCAGUGAUAGGCGAUCCGAGAUGUAGGACUUCUUGGGCAUUUAAGAUUAUCAUCAGUUGGCUUAAAAUAAUUUGCCUUUUUUGUUAUAUAUAGUGCAGUGAAUGAUUGGCUAUACUUUAUCAAUAAACAUAUAUCUUUAAGGGGCUUGCUUUGC